CUGGAACACACGGUCAGAGCAGAGGAGCUCUCAUGCAGCUCGGUGCCAGACGCGCUGUCGACUCUUUGUUUUUUGCGCGAGUUUUACUACGUAGUUGUUUUUGUUUAUUUGGUUGUUUUUUAAAAUUAUAAAUCACAUAAUAUUUCACUUUGGAGCUGAGUCCGUGGCUACCGUGUGUUUGUUUCUUCUUCGCGCAUAUUUGGAAUAUCUUUCCUGAUUAAAGUGGAUACUUGACACCGCGCAGAAGUCUUCUUGAGAGAGUUCGCACAGGAUUGUUUCUGCUCGACUCAGGAGCGCUUCAAGGAAAGAAAAAAGUAUUGUGAGUGCGACUGGGCUUCCUUUUUUUUUUAAAUAACUGAGCCGUCCCAGAAAUGGUGGGGCACCUACAUUUACAAGCGAUGGAUGACAGUCUCAAAGGAAAGAACCGGGAAGGUCUGCUCGACAGUCCAGAUUCGGGUUUGCCCCCGAGUCCAAGUCCGCCCUUCUGCUCACUUUCUCCGGCUCUGAUCGAGUCGCGCUCGGGCAGCUGCACGACGCCCGUCGAAAGCCAUCAUGGAUAUUAUAAGAAGGAAAGCAGAGAAGGGAAACUGCUGCCCUACCUGCUGCUGAACUCCACGGGAACCGACCCAAAGACUCGCAUGCACCCCGUGUUCUUUGGAGAAAGCAUCGAGGUCAACCCCAAACCAGAGAAGGAAAUCAAGUGUAACUCUGAGGUCAAGUACGACUCCGACAAGCACUACCGCGACCGGGUGUUUUGCACCCCCGUUCCCACGGCUACAUCCUUCAGCGAGACGGUGGUGGCGGUGCGGAACUGCACCUGGAGGAGCUACAAAACCCAGGUGUAUCUGGAGCCCCGGCAGAGGCCCGUCAGCUACCAGAGCACCACCAUAAUCUACCCGAAACAUGCCAAGAACACUUACCGCACCACGCUCAACUACAACGCCACAGGCUCCCGCCGUUGGUAUGUCUCCACAGUGAAACUGGAGUCAAGUGAGGAUACUAGUCCCUGCAUCAUCUACACAGAGGACCUGUAGGGUCUGGACUGCAUCAGCCUACACAGGAACAAAAGCUAUUUGGUGAUCGUCCUGGUUCUUUUCUCUUUUUUUCUUCUUUUUUUUUAUUUCAAGGACAAAAAAAAACUCACAAAGACCCACACUGAGAGGGAAAUACUUCAAGCAAUAUCUGGACUCCAUGAAAACCCUGCUCUGCUCACCUUUACUGGCCAUGGAAGAAACUGCAGUGGCAUUUAAUAACCUGAUUAUAUUUAGAUUUUCUACUGUUGCAGUCUCUAAAAAGAACGGCGCUGGUUUUCUGGCAGCUCAAAGCUGCGCUUCGGUGGUUAAUGUCUUAUUUAAAUAUAACGCUGACAAGUGGCCUUCGCACUACUUCGGGUUCCUUUGCAACCUCAGUGAUGGCAAUGAUCAGAAUGUAGAUAUCUGUGUAUAUAGAGAAAAAUCAAGAAUGACUCGUGUUUUGGAGCUUUUGAAAAAUCAGUCACACACAAUGUAAAGCUUUCUAAAUAAUGGCUUUAUUGCACUUGUUUUCUAUAUAUCACAGUUCUCUCCGAGGGCUUUUGGCACGGCACGGGGGAAUUUCAGGACCGCGUAUGAAAAUUUGGACCAAAGAGCGUUUUGAGUGAGACUGCACACUGAGGUAGCGCGCUCGCUUAUCAUUGGACACUUUCAAUUCAAGCUUGUGCAGUUUGAUCGAGAGAGCUAAGGCUAGAGUCUUUUAUCAAAACAACACAGUUAGAGAGAGUAUAUGAGGAGACAUGGGAUCUCCGUAAAAACUCUCUGUAGCAUUAUAUUUAACUGUGUCGGACCAUGACAGCUGUUCAGUUAAAACGAACACGUUGGUGAGCGCAGUCAACGAUGCAGUUUUGGUAACUGGUCCUUGUUUGCUCUCUAGGAGGUGCUGAAGGGCUCCAAAACAAAAAUGAAUAAAUAAAUUAGCAAUAUAUUAAGAGUUUAAUGCUUAAAAAGUGAAUUAAAGUGUGGGUAAAGGACCACAUCACCUGUAGGUCCAGUAUAACUGAGAACAGGACCUUCAACAGUGAUUUCCUUUUUUUCCCUGUCUUUUUCAAACAGUUCACUUUUAACAAUCAGAGGGAAGUAUGUAACACUCCCCCGUCAUAAUUCUCGGUACAGAACAAACUGUACAGUGGCGCUCACUCGUCUGCUUCUCUGUUACGCCUACAAAACAAACACAAAACAAGAAGCUUUUCCAAAUUCACUCUGUGCGGCGAUCGUACAUCUGUUUUAACUGUUCCUCGUGUUAUUGCCAACACUGCUCCACAUUCAGUGGCAGCGGACACUAUGAAAGACAACUCCUUAAGUGAUUUCAUUUAAAGAUUGAGGAAUACGUUAGCGAGUAAAACCGUCCAUACUUUUAAGUAAUAACAAGAAUAAUAAUCGAUGUAAUCUUUGAUGUUGAAUCACAACUUGUAGCAUAACUUCCAAAACGCCAGUCUUACACAACAAGCUAAACUAGAGUCCUGCCAAUACUGUCAGCUGAUAUUAGCAGACCUAUCUGUGAUAAACACAUUUGAAAAGCAAGGAAGAAACGGGAGAAACACCCUUAAGUUUAACUCAUGUUGUGGGUGUUGUUGCACAGUUUAUCCACCAGAGGGCAAACUAUGUCUGCAGCUUCCCUCCAGCCACUGGAUCAAACUCCACAAGCAGCUGAUGUGAGCAGUCAGCAGACAAGUAAAUAAAUAACUACACGGGAACAAUGUGAAAAGUUGUUGGAAAAGGAAAUCUGCAAAUUUUCAGAAAGUUCUGUCUGACAAAAAAAAUAUUGGCCAAUGUAUCGGGAUAUCUGAUAUUUAAAUCACCCGAUUUUGGUAUCAGUCUUAAAAAUCCGGUAUCAGUUGGGCUCUAAACUAAAGUAACAUUUAAUUAAGAAAACAGAGCACUGUUUCUGUUUAUCAGAUAUUUAGUAAAAACUAGCCUAUGUAAUCCAACCUCUGUUAAGUCACCGAUGUGCAGACUUUAUUUAUAAAAUCUACUUAACUAGGCGAGUUUAGAAUAAACUGAGUAGCACAGUAGCACAAAAACUCACAAAAGUGAAGCAGUGAACCCACGCCACAUUUCUCCAUUGAGGGUUUCAUCUAUUUCUUUAUGUGUGUCUAAUAUAAAUAUAUGUAAAUGUUUUAAUUAUUGAACAUGGCAAAUAUUGAAACUUCAGACUUUACCUCAAAUUUUCUUAGGUAUCAAUUUUUAGUCAUUGCCAGUGUGUGUUGUUGAUUGUCAGUUGAGGUUUUCUUGUAUUUUCACAGUUUGAAAUAGCCUCCGGGUUAAGUGUCAAACGGAAAAGUAAGGCGUGCACGAAGCCGAGGCAGUGCAUCAGUACUGUAAGAUGGGGUUUUUUAGAGAGGAAGAAACAAAUAUAAAGAGCGAGAAGAGACGAGACAAGCAGAUCUGCGCUUUUCAAAGAAAAAUAGAGAGCGGCUGAGGAAAUUGUUCAGGAGACGGUUUUUUUUCUACAAAACAAAGCUCCUCGGGAAGAUGUUGCGAGUUUUGCAACGUGCAGAUGGUGCGAGAAAUGUCAGAGACGGCCUGUGAAAUGUCAGAGGAUGAUGAGAGACAGUCGACCAGUGUCGAGUGUAAUACUGUGGUGGCUUUAUGUGAGAUCCUUUGUGUGUUUUCUAACACUUGAUUUUGUUACUGUAAAAUAUUUUCCUGUUGUAUAUGUGGUAUCGAGGCACUUCGCAAUUCUCUUUCUAUUUUUGUACGCCAAUCAUUGUUGUUAUUCUGAUCGAAGAAAGUAAUUUAAAACAAAAGAUGAUUAUCCUGAUGGAAUAAAAGAC